AGAGCGACCAGCUCUUCAAAUCGCCACAUCCUCGGUCUGCACAGUGCAAUGCGUCUCAGGAGGCAUGGUUCUCUUCUUGGAUCGUCAUUGAAGAGCCUCUCGACGCGUCCAAUCCUCUGCUCGCAAUGCCAUCACCAUCAAUAUUCAACCGGACCUCCGCAGAACAUCGCCGUAAUCGGAGGAGGCAUCACGGGCCUGGCCAGCGCAUACUACAUUGCCAAAGAGCAGCCGACAGCUAGAAUCACAAUCUACGAGGCUGGUCCACGGCUAGGCGGAUGGCUGCACUCUUCGCACGUCGAGGUUCCCGGAGGGAGGGUGCUGUUUGAGCAUGGCCCGCGUUCGCUGCGUCCUGGGAUGGGUGCCCUGGUUACGAGUACGCUGAUCCAAGAGCUCGGUAUGAUCCCUGAUGUCAUAUACACAGACAAAAGCGCCGCUUCUGCCGUAAACCGCUUCAUCUAUUACCCAGACCAUUUAGUGCGGCUGCCAAACCCGACCAACGAUUCCUCGUUGGAAAUUGCCUUCACUACACUCAGAGAGCCGUUGUUCAAGGGAUUCAUCCCGGGUGCUAUAGGGGAGGCAUUUCGACCAACGAGACCAGCAAACUUGGAUGAUGAAUCCGUAGCGUCAUUCUUUGCACGAAGGCUGGAUCCACGUGUGGCUCAAAACAUCAUAUCAGCAGUUCUCCAUGGCAUCUAUGCCGGUGAUGUGAAUCAGUUGAGCGUACGGUCAAUAUUCCCUUUACUAUGGACCUUGGAAAAACAAGGAGGAAGUGUGAUUCGUGCUAUUGCGACAAGUCGCGUAGAAGAGAAUAUCAAACUUUUGCGCCGGGAUAGGGAACUGCUUGCUGAGACGAAGAAAGUGGUGAAUCCUGAAUUCAUGGCUGCGAUGGGUAAGGCUAGCGUCUUCUCGUUUCGGAAUGGGCUACAGCAAUUGGUGGACCGCCUGGCGGAGACAGUGGCAGGCAACAAAAGAGUCACUACGAAUUUGGGCACGCCAGUCACGCAUCUUGAGCUAGAGGAAGCCGCUAGUGGCGAUAAGAAGAUGAAGGUAUUCACCGAAUCUGAAAGCCAGACGUACGACAUGGUAGUAUCCAGCAUCUUCUCAAAAACGCUAUCAGAACUCUGUACCUCAAACUCGAAAACAGUACUCCCCGAGCUUGCGAAAACUCACGCAGUCACCGUUAUGGUCGUCAACCUCUUCUAUGCGAAUCCUAAACUAGUCCCGGUCGAAGGCUUCGGCUACCUCAUCCCGCAGUCCAUCCCCUUCCAGCAGAACCCUGAACGCGCCCUCGGUGUCAUAUUCGACUCCGACACUAUCAAAGGUCAAGAUAUUGCCACCGGCACCAAACUCACCGUCAUAUUGGGCGGCCACUGGUGGGACGGUUGGAGCACCUACCCAACCGAAGAUGAAGGCGUUGCUGCUGCCCAAUCAAUUCUUGCGCGUCAUCUACAUAUCACCGACGAUCCUGUUGCAGCCCAAGCCAAGCUGCAGAAGGACUGUAUACCGCAGUAUACCGUCGGUCAUAUCACUCGGAUGAAACAAACUCACAGUCAGCUCAUGGCCCACUUCAAGGGGCGGUUGAGAGUCGUGGGCAAUUCUUACACUGGUGUGGGCGUGAAUGAUUGCAUCAGGGCGGCGAAGGAUAUCGCGCAGGAUCUAGGCCAAUACAACCAAAAAUCAGGGCUAGAGGAAAUUCCGGCAUAAGGCGCUUCAUGCAGAUGUACAAAAGUAAACUUAGAAUAAUAAGAGAACUCCAAAAGUUGACUAGCUUGAA